UGCGUCCAGGGGCUGAUGGGGUGGGGUCAAGCUGAAGCCCGUCCACCUUCUUCCAGCCCAGGCACACCUGAUGCUGCCCGGCCUCUGCCCGGUGCUCGCAGUGGGUGGGGCCGGGCCUCACCUGUGCCGAUUCCUGGGUGGCUCCACCCUCGCGCCAGCCACCCGAGUGCCGUGGGGAAGACGUGCCUGUUGAUUAGCUACACGACCAACGCCUUCCCAGGAGAAUAUAUCCCCACUGUUUUCGACAACUACUCAGCCAACGUGAUGGUGGAUGGGAAGCCGGUCAACCUGGGGCUGUGGGACACUGCUGGCCAGGAAGACUACGACAGGCUUCGGCCACUCUCCUAUCCUCAAACCGAUGUCUUUCUGAUCUGCUUCUCCCUGGUGAGCCCGGCCUCCUUUGAGAACGUCCGUGCCAAGUGGUACCCAGAGGUGCGGCACCACUGCCCACACACACCCAUCCUUCUGGUGGGCACCAAGCUGGACCUCCGUGAUGACAAGGAUACGAUUGAACGGCUGCGGGACAAGAAGCUGGCACCCAUCACCUAUCCCCAAGGCCUGGCCAUGGCCCGAGAGAUCGGUUCUGUCAAGUACCUGGAGUGCUCGGCCCUGACCCAGAGAGGUCUGAAGACAGUAUUCGACGAGGCCAUCCGGGCCGUGCUCUGCCCGCCACCAGUGAAGAAGCCGGGCAAGAAGUGCACUGUGUUCUAGAGCCGCGUCUGGCCGAGCCGGCCCGGCCGCAGAGGGCUGGCUCAGGUGUGCCCUUGUGCUGACCUGUCUGCUGUCCCUCAGUCUGCCGUGGGAAGUGGGGGUGGGGGGAGCAUGGGGACAAGGCUGGGGUGAUGGGGUCCUGUCCCCUAUGCCUCCUUUUUCUGGGAUAUAGCUCCAGCCUUCCCUGGUCCCUAUGGGAGGCCAGGAGGGAGCGGGGUCUCCCUCAGGGUUGCAGUGGGGGGUCCAGGGCAGCCCCAGGAUGGGCCUCCCUGGAAGGGUGGGGGUGGUUUUGUUCAUCAUGUCCCAGGAAAGGGUGGCCCCUUCUUAUUUUAUACAAUAAACAUUCACCACCUCCUUUGUC